GGCGCCUCGGUCCGCUUGCCGCAGAAUCCUUCCCGAGGCCUACGUGUCCCCGUCCGCGCCCGUGCUCGUGUCCAACCUUUCCAGCGUCACCUCGUCUCGGCUUAACCCCCACCCACCACCCGCUCUGCUCAGUCCUCACCUCUACGCAUACGCAUACACACCGCCCGCCAAGCGCGAAGCGUCACUCCGAGUCUCCGACCGCGUCACUGCGCUCGCCACUCCCACCGACCCAUGGCCAUGGGCGGCGCGUUCCCGUUCCAGUGGCCCACGGAGCCCGCGGACGCCGGGCUCGACGUCAGCCUGUCGCCUCUGCCCACCGUGGUCCCCGACGCCGGGUUGGCGUACUACGCGGCGGCAGAGGACAUGCGCGCGAUGGCGCUCCCUGAUUUCGCUUUCCCGAGCACCGCGGCCGACGCCGCGUUGGCGGCGAUUCGGCGGGAGGAGGAGGAGGCCGCCGGCAUCCGGCUGGUCCACCUCCUCAUGAGCUGCGCCGGCGCCGUCCAGACGGGCGACCACGCGCUCGCGUCCGCGCACCUGGCGGACGCGCACGCCGCGCUCGCGGCCGUCUCGGCCGCCUCCGGCAUCGGCUGCGUCGCCGUCCACUUCACCGCCGCGCUCUCCCGUCGGCUGUUCCCUCCUGCGUCAUCGCCUCCGCCCGCCGCCGACGCGGACCACGCCUUCCUCUACCACCACUUCUACGAGGCGGGGCCCUACCUCAAGUUCGCGCACUUCACGGCCAACCAGGCCAUCCUCGAGGCCGUCCAAGGUUGCCCCCACGUCCACAUCAUCGACUUCAGCCUCGUGCAGGGCCUCCAGUGGCCCGCCCUGAUCCAGGCCCUCGCCCUCCGCCCCGGCGGGCCGCCGUUCAUGCGCCUCACCGGCAUUGGCCCGCCCUCCCCUCCCGGCCGCGACGACCUCCGCGACGUCGGGGUCCGCCUCGCCGACCUCGCGCGCUCCGUUCGCGUCCACUUCUCCUUCCGCGGGGUCGCCGCCAACCGCCUCGACGAAAUCCGACCCUGGAUGCUGCAGGUAUCGCAAGGCGAGGCCGUCGUCGUCAACUCCGUGCUCCAGCUACACCGCCUCCUCGCCAACCCGCCCGCCGCCGACUGGGCGCCCAUCGACGCCGUCCUCGACUGCGUGGCAUCCGUGCGUCCCAGGGUCUUCACUGUCGUCGAGCAGGAGGCCGACCACAACAAGCCGGGCUUUCUGGACCGGUUCACGGAGGCGCUGUUCUACUACUCGGCGGUGUUCGACUCCCUGGACGCGGCGAGCGGCGGCGCGGGCGACGCGGUGGCCGAGGCGUACCUGGAGCGGGAGAUCCGCGACAUCGUGUGCAGCGAGGGCGCGGACCGCAGGGAGCGGCACGAGCCGCUGCGGCGGUGGCGAGACAGGCUGGUCCGCGCGGGGCUGAGCGCCGUGCCGCUCGGGGCCAGCGCGCUGCGGCAGGCGAGGAUGCUGGUGGGGCUGUUCUCCGGCGAGGGCCAUUGCGUGGAGGAGGCCGAAGGGUGCCUGAUGCUCGGGUGGCAUGGGCGGCCGCUCUUCUCGGCGUCCGCGUGGCGAGUGGAAGAGAACCACCAGAGUGCUGAUAGCAACGUGGACGGCAGCAGCGGCGGUGAGGAGAGCAACAUCAGCUGUAGCAGCUAGGAUGGAAGUUACUGUAAAUUGGUAAGUGUAGCGGGGCCGCGGGUGACAAAGAGUACUAGUGGAAGAGAAUCACGGUGUGGUCCAGAUGUUUGAUUAAAGGCGUGGAUCUGUCGUAAAUGGCAGCAUCAAAAAUCUGAAACGAUAUGAAACUAGUGAGCUUAACUAGCAUCUAGCUCUUUACAAACUCUGUUUGCAAUGGCAUAAUUGGAUAAAUUUCUCAAGAACGGCACUGCAA